AUGGCGACAUCGCAGGAGCUGGGUCCCGAGUACGCCCGGGCGCCCCAGGAACCCGUGGGGCGCACCCCUCGCGGGGCGGAGAUUGAAGUGCCUCCGGCACCGCUGGGCCUGGUGGCGCUGCACAACCUGUGGAAGAAGACCAAGGGCACCCUCAGCAUCGACCUGAAGCGCAAGCUGUUCAAGGGCGGGGCGCCAGGGGACACGCUGUGGCGGCCGCCGCCGGCAUUCUAUGGGCAGGCGCCUCCAGGGCCGCCGCCGGGGGCCUACAGCGGCGGUGGGUACGGCGGCGGCUAUGGUGGGCCGCGGGGCGGCGGCGCGCCUCUCUAUGACCUGCCCAGUGUCGGCUUCAUGAACACGGGGGCGCGGGUGAAGGUCUUGCGGCACCUGCAGUUUGGGCCCAAGGUGGAGGUGGAGCGCCCCUCGGGGCUCAAGGGGCAGGUGCCCACCCUCGACUUUGGGUUUGGACUGGCGUUUGAGCUGGAUACGGCCGAGCUGCAGCCGCAGGUGCGCCUCAAGUUCCGAGACAUCCUCUCCAUCAAGGCGCUGCCCUACCCCGCACUCAAGAUCCAGAAGCGCCUGGCACUGCCCGAGGGCAGCUGGGGCGUGCGGCUCAGCUACGAGUGCCCGCUGGAGGGAAUAACCACCUUCUAUCAACCUCCAGCCCGCCUGCUGAUGUCCAUUGAUAACAUGCAGCACAACGGGGUGCAGCUGACGCAGGCUGGCCUGGAGUUCAAUUACGCCGGCGACUUUUAUGAGGGCAACACACAACUGCGAGCGGCAGGCCUGGUUGCGCUGCCCCGCGAGCUGCCCAUUGUGGAGGGGCAGCCGAUGGUGGGGCUGGAACUGAAGCGGCUGGGCCUGAAGGCGGCCUGGUGA